AAGUGUACCUAAAUCUUAAGUAAAGGGACAUAUAACGAAACUAACAUCAUCCCAAGUGCCAACAACUUCCUUUACCAAAAAAUGACCCAAACGGGAAAUCGUCCCCGUUUCUGUUAAAACCUCGCCGGAGAACCACUAGUCAGUUCCGACUUCCGAUGGCGCAGCUGUUGAAGAAGGUUUGGGAAUCAAUUUCUAAUGAUUGGUAUUCGAGUCAUUCUAGUUUAAACUCGUUAUACAAUUUGGACUACAGAGCUCUAGUUCAUGGAUCCCUAUCCGAUCAGAUUAUCAUCUGUUCGUCAUCUAUUGGAGCAUUCGAUCGAUUGCCUCUAGAUAUAUUUAUGCAAAUACUCAAGCUUCUCGGACCUAAAGAGGCGGCUAGGCUCACCUCCGUUUGCAAAUCGUGGAAAUUUAUGGUCUCCGAUAACACGUUGUGGAUAUACUUUCUCCAGAACCAACAGGAUCCGUGGGAUUCUAUUUUCUUUGCUGAAACUAACUUACGAUCUGGUUUUCCUCUUCGAACAUAUCGUCGUCAGAUGCAAUCUUUUAUGCAUAUUUAUGGUGAACGAGCAGAAGUGCCUGGAGCUGUUAUCAUUGACGGUGGUGCUGGCUAUUGCAAAUUUGGUUGGAGCAAGUAUGAUUCUCCAUCUGGGCGAUCGGCAACAUUUGUGGAAUUUGGUAACAUUGAGUCUCCAUUGUAUUCUAGGCUUCGUCAUUUUUUUGCGACAAUCUAUAGCAGGAUGCAGUUGAAAUCAUCUACACAGCCAAUUAUUGUCUCAAUUCCAAUCUCCCAUUAUGAAGAUAACGGAGCUGCUAAAGCUUUUAGAAGCGAACUAGAAGAAGCCGUCUACUCAGCAUUGUUUGGAAUGAAGGUUCCCGCUGUUUGUGCAGUCAGCCAGGCAACUUUAGCAUUGUUUUCAGCAAGAAGAACAUCAGGAAUUCUUGUCAACAUUGGUUUUCAUCAAACUUCUGUUGUUCCAAUUUUACAUGGUAAGGUAAUGCAUAAAGUUGGCGUGGUAACCGUGGGUGUUGGAGCUGUAAAACUUACUGAAUACCUCAGGGAGCAACUGCGGCAGAGAAAUCUACAUAUUUCUUCAUUAUACACAGUGCGCUCGUUGAAAGAGAACCUUUGUUAUGUUUCUUUGGACUAUGAGGCUGAAUUACAGAAGGAUACAGAAGCAUCAUACGAAGUUGCUUCUGAGGGUUGGUUUACUCUUAAGCAAGAGCGUUUCCAAACAGGAGAGAUUCUAUUCCAGCCACAUAUUGCAGGAAUGCAUGCAAUGGGUCUGCAUCAGGCGGUGGCGCACUGUGUUGACCGUUGCCGUGCUGCCAAAGUGACGACUGAUCAUACUUGGUUCAACACCAUUGUCUUGGCCGGGGGCACUGCAUGUUUACCAGGGUUAGCAGAAAGAUUGAAUAAGGAACUACAUGAUCUUCUCCCUCCCUCCCUGUCCAGUGGUUUGCGUGUUAUCUCGUCUCCUUAUGGUGCAGAUUCUGCAUGGUAUGGAGCAAAGCUUGUCGGCAAUUUGAGCACCUUUCCGAAUUCCUGGUGCAUCACAGAGGAGUCUUGGUCAAAGUCCAAACGAACCAUCUUAUGGUGAACCUCAUAGUCGAGUAUGCUAAUGAUCUUUCAAGGUUGUAUUUGUCGGGAUAUAUACUUUGGAUUCCUAAACAUCAUAAUCCACCGUUAAGUGAUAGGGGUCGUGUUAUAUUGUCUGGUUUUGUACAUCUUGUGUAAUUAUAUACCUGAUAUAGGAUAUGAAACACUAUUAUGUGUUAUAAAGAUGAAGUAAAACCGCAGCUUUCAUAGGAAUCAAAGACAAAUGAAUAAGUUUC